UCCACAGGCCAGCUCUACUGCCCUCCAGAGGAUGAAGGUCUCCGUGGUUGCCCUCUCCUUCCUCUCCCUCAUCCUUGCAGCUGCCCUGGGCUCGCAGGCCCUGGUCACACAUGAUACAGAGACAAAACAGCUCGCCUUGGCGGUGGACAGGUUUGAUAAAGAAAUCGUCCAAGGCUUCCACCGCCCUACUGACUGCUGCUUCUCCUACACCCAACGAAACAUCCGGUGCUUCCUCAUGCAAGAUUAUAUUGAGACCAGCAGUCAGUGCUCCAUGCCAGCUGUCAUCUUCGUCACCAAGAGGGGACAACAAGUCUGUGCUGACUCCAGCAAUAAGAGAGUCCGGAAGUGUGUGUCAAGCCUGCAGAGGGAACUGCCGACCAGGAAUCUGGGAAUAGCCUUCGUCUUGCACGAUACAGAGACAAAACAGCUCGCCUUGGCGGUGGACAGGUUUGAUAAAGAAAUCGUCCAAGGUGUAAACCGUAUGCAACAAAUCAUGCCUCUAUCUUCAAAUGUGCAUCCUAGUGACUGCUGCUUCUCCUACACCCAACAAAACAUCCGGUGUUCAAUAAUGGAAGAUUUCUUUGAGACCAGCAGUCAGUGCUCCAUGCCAGGUGUCAUCUUCAUCACUAAAUGUGGAAGACGGGUCUGUGCCAACCCCAUGGAUUCUAAAGUUAAAGAUUGCAUGAAAAUCGUAAAGGCCCAGGGAACCAGACCAAGCCCUAGAGCAGUGGCAGGGCUGCUUUAUUAA